CCACAUCCAAACAUCAAACAUCACUGUAUUUAGCUGUUGCAUUUUUGUAGUUGUUGUUUUUAUUUGUGAAAAAUUGUGAUCUUUAUUUUGAAGGGACAAUGGCAAUCUUUGCACUGCAGUUAAAAGGCUUAUGGGAGGAAUUUUACUCUUACCCGACAAAGACAUCGGUUCAUCUUAAGUUCGAGCCGCUUGAAUUUCCGGCCAUGACAUUUUGCAACAUGAAUCCUGUGCGAUUAAGUCAACUAGAUAAGUUUGAAAGUAUCCAAAACGCCUAUCUCGAAAAAGAUAAAUUGAAUGACGAGGAAUGGGUUGAUGAUCAUGAUGACAGUUAUGACUCUGAGAUUUUUAUUGACAAAGAAUUCUUGGACGAAUUCAACAGUACCAUGGAUACAUUUGAAAUAUGGAAGAUCAGGUUCCUGUCUGAGUUUGGAAAAUUGGCGAGUAAAAACAGGUCACUGAUUGGGCAUCAGAACGAACACUUUAUACACAGUGCCGUGUAUUCCGGAUUAAAAUUACCAAAUGAUGCUUUCCACGAGAUACAUUCUCACGUUUAUGGUAAUUGUUUUACCUUGGAUGAAGAUUCAUUCAUCACCUACGGAACUGGUCACAAAUACAGCCUCAAAAUAAUAUUUAAUAUUGAAACGCACGAAUAUCUGAAAGCAUUUACUUCUGCUUACGGCGUUCGUAUGGUGUUCCAUGAGAGAGGGACAUUUCCUCUUCCAGACGACGAGGGAUUAUCCCUCAGUUCCCAUUCAGAAACUCAUAUUGGACUCCGUAUGUCAAGAAUUUCUAGACUAGGUGGAAAGUACGGUAAAUGUACAGAUGGGCAUGAAUUCAAAAAGAAAUACAAAGUUAAAUACACUGUUCCACUUUGCCGUUCUAUAUGUGAAAUUGAAACAUUAAAAUCAAGAUGUAUGUGUAAGCAGUUCUCUUACGUUGAUUUUUUAAAUCAAGGCGAAGACGUACGCGUGUGCAGUACUGACGACGACUUCAAAUGCAUACGAGAAGUAAUUGAUGAUAUACACUAUGGGAAUGAAAAGUGUGAUUGUAGUUCAAGAUGUGAGGAAAGAUAUUUCUCAAAGUCAACCUCAAGUCUACAGUGGCCACACGACGAAUAUCUUCAACAAGUUCUUCUGGACGACCUUUGCAAUAAAAGAAACAGGACCGAUUCGAGUGAUCAAAUAUGUAAUACCACUGACCAAAAGGAAGUCUCCUCAAAUUUUCUUGCAGUGGUCAUAUACUUCGAGGACCUUGACUACGAAGUUAUCACAGAAGAACCAUUAUAUAACACGUUACGGUUUCUCUCCGACAUAGGCGGCGCUAUGGGGCUGUAUAUUGGGGCAUCUGUACUGACGUAUGUAGAACUUCUGCAGCUAGCUUUAGAAGUGUUCCUGCUGUGCAAAAAAAAGUUGACGAGAGUUGCUGAUGACAAACGGAUACCGACAGAAAAUAAAACGGAACCAUAAACUACAUGUAUAUCAUAACACCUUCAUUUGUAUUUGCCUGAACUGAAUGAUUCUGUUUGUUUUAGAAGCCGUAUUGCCUGAAUGUAAAUAUACACUUAUAUAAAAGCAAAUGUGAAAAAUAUACCGUAGCUCUAGGAGGCAUUGAACAAAAAAAGUAAGUAAGCGUAAUUAGCGAGCCCAUUCUAUAGCUAGAAUAAAUUUGCAAAAUAUUAAAUAAAACACCAUUACAGGUAUAGCGUCAGUUCUUUUUUCCAAAAGGCACUUAAAAUCUCAAUGUUUACAUUUAAAAAAUGAGAGUGUAUCUUAAUUAUUACUUAUAAAGUAGCCGUUCAAAGUAACACUCGUACACGAUUAUUGAAGAGGACCGCCGAACUAUAAACAUUUUGCAGACACAAAGGGCGACAAGGUAACAAACCGAUUUGUGCAAAUCAUCUACAUGGAACCUCU